AACGAAGGAAAGGAAGACGUACGAUGGCGCUCUCUAUCACUGACAACGCCAAGAAGCUAUGGGAUGCAUGGAAUAUUAGAGGACUCAUUAUUCUGAGCCUCUCCCUGCAGGCCUCCUUGAUUCUGUUCGCACCCCUGAGAAAAGGAAGAUUUGCGAGGAAAUUUUACUUCCGUUGGCCGAUUUGGUUGGCGUACUUGUCCGCGGACUGGGUUGCGACCUAUACAAUCGGACUCAUCUUCACCAGCGACAGUCACAGUACUUGUACUUCGACAUCGCCCAGUCCUCCUAAGGACAUCCUGGUAUUUUGGGCAUCUUUUCUCUUGUUGCAUCUUGGCGGCCCAGACAACAUUACCUCUUAUGCCCUAGAGGAUAAUGAGUUUUGGAAAAGGCACUUGUUUGUGCUUCUGUUGCAGGUUGGUUUUACUCUAUACGCCUUCCUGAAGUCCUUCUCAAAGAACGAGCUUUGGCUCCCAACAAUCCUAGUGUUAUUUGCAGGCAUAAUGAAAUAUGCAGAGCGGAACGUUGCACUUUUUUGUGCAAGCUUUCACCAUUUUGGAAAGGAUUGGGUAUCUCCCCAUGUCAAAAGGGGAGCUGAUAAAGGAAAAGGCGAAACGGAAACUGGACUUCCCAUUCCAGUCCAGUUCCAUGACACGGAGGACCAUACAUCAUUAUUGGGAACUACAGUUCAACUAUUUGGCAAUGUAAAGAGUGCACUUGUAGGCCCUCUUCUAAAGAUAAAAGAACAAAUGCGAAUUAGAGAAACACUUCUCAGCAUCGGAAGAAGUCAGAAGGUGCUCCAAGUACUUGAGAUUGAGCUAAGCCUCUUGUAUGAGGUUCUUCACACCAAGUUGCCCGUCAUCGACGGUAAGAGUGGAUUUAAUCUCCGUAUUGCUAAUUUCGGUUGCAUCUUGCUAGCCAUAAUUACAUUCUCUUUGGCUAAGUGGCACUACCAGUUGCGGCAAUUUGACAUGUUGCUGACAUAUGGGUUGCUAAUUGCGGCUUUGGCGUUGGAUUCCUUAUCUAUCAUGUUACUCGUUAAAUACUCUGAUUGGUAUGCCAUUGCUCAUUUCAAGGAUACAGUAAAGAAGGAUGCUGCAUCCAAGGUUAUCGAAAGGCAGCACAGGUGGUGUAACGAAGUUUCUCAGCUAAAUUGUUUAACUUACCACGUCAAGGGUAUGCCAGUUUGGUUGAACAAACUGGCUGAUAUUCUUCACUUGAGGAGUUCGCUGAAGGUCCUUAAAGGAUUCCGUUGUCAGUCCACUCGGAAUUUCGAAAACCCACUCUGGCAGUUCAUCUAUUACGAAGUGAGAGAUUUUCCAGAGGAUACACGGAUCAAUGAAGUUUGGUUGGAAAGAGGUAAAGUACUUCUGAAGGAUGUCAUGAAUGGGAAGCAGAAGAAAAUGCUUGAUGAGUUAGAUUACACCCAAAGCCUUCUAGUGUGGCAUAUAGCUACUGAAUUAUGUUACCAAAAGGAUAACAAGUACGAGCCCAAGUCUAAGAAGAGGACAAAUUAUAGACCAAUUUGCAAGCUUCUUUCGGAUUAUAUGUUUUACCUUGCAGUGAAGCAGCCCACCAUAAUGGAUUCCGUGUUGGACAAAAAUUGGAGCACCAUGUUUAAGAAGAUAUCAAAAAUGAUUCAGUCAGAAGUGCCCUGGAGUUUCUUCUUAAAUGAAAAGAAUGUCAGCAGAAAAAUCCUUGACAUGAAGGUAGAAGAAAACGGUACUGAUUCUGUUGAAGAAGUUGAAAAAGAUAAUGAAGAUGAUGGUGAUAAUGCUGAAAAUUCCUUGCCAUCCCAUGGUGAAGUUGAAAUUUCCUUGUCUUCUGCAGUUCUGCUUGUACGCGGGCUCGAGCAGCAAGACAACCAUUACCCGUGGAAGGUAAUGAGCAAAAUUUGGGUAGAAUUAAUGUGCUAUGCUGCCAUUAAUUGCAGGCCUAAUGUCCACGCACAAGAAGUAAGUCAGGGUGGAGAACUUCUCACUUUGGUUUGGUUGUUGAUGAAUCAUAUGGGUCUUGGAACUAAAAACUACACUACAUUGAAACAAUCGAGCCGAUCACCUGCAGGCCAUCCAGAAUCAGCGUCAGAGGACGAGGGUCAACCGUAACCCAUCAAGGAUGGUUCGUGUAAUUUGGCUGUCAUCUUUCAUUUUGGUACUCUGGAAUAAAAUAGGUUCUUUAUU